AUGACGGUUGCCCAAGCGCAAGUCGAUGAGAAGUCCGGAGUUUCGAAUGAUACUAAACAAAAUAGCACCGAAAGUACAACCCUGAAAACCACAAAUGGAAUCAGCAAAUUUGAGAAUUCGACGACCGCCAGUACCAAAGUCGUACCAGAAACUACAAAAGCGACGAACGAAUCUGUAGAUUCUGUAAAUACCACUAUUGUACCUGUGCAGAAGGAAGUUACGGAGAGAAUAGUACCAAAAAUAUUCAUUGGAGACGAUGGCGACGUUGGACCACCAGGACCACCUGGAUCGCGAGGACCUCAAGGUCCUCGAGGCGAUCCUGGGCCACGCGGAAUACAGGGACCUAUGGGAGACCCCGGUCCUCCUGAUGACCACUCUAUAACAGUAUCAUAUGGUGUGCUUUGUGUUAUUUGUGCUUCACAAAAGAAGAGAAAUAACAAUUUUUCCUUCCAAUAA